AUGGCUAUCAGCGAGUCCAUCAUCGUUUCCAAAUCUUUGCCUACCAUUCACCUCGAUCUCCUUCGAGCCAACAAUGUUCAGGAGAGCAAGAACUUGCUCAAUGCUUGCAGAAGCCAUGGGUUCUUCUAUCUUGAUCUGAAUAGCGACCCUGAGCUAUGCAAUCUGUGGAAGAAGAUGCUCCAGAACAUUGCGCAAUACUUCAACCAGCCUCUUGAUAUCAAGAUGCGCGAUGCUCGUGGCAGUGACAACUUUGGCUACGAGCCCAUGGGCACCGAAGCAGGCCCCAACCCCAAGACCAGAGACGGCUACGAAUCCCUCAAGUUCUCCCGCCGCGAAUUCCUCAAAGGAUCCUCCGACCUUACCACCUCCAUCCGCGCCAAGGAAGACUGCUUUUUCUCCUUCAUUGACCACGCCCACACCAUCACCCUGAUGAUCCUCUCCCGCCUCUCCACCCAACUAGGCCUAACCGGUACCUCCCGCUUCGAGGCCCACCACGCAGACCCAGGCCCAUCCCUCUCAACCCUCGGCCUGCUCCGCUACCCCAAACAUGAAGGCGCCAGCGCCACCGAGCCCCAAAACGUCGGCCACAACAAGCACACCGACGUGGGUACCCUGACUUUCCUACUCGCCGCUCAGUGGGGCCUCCAGUACCUCUCGCUUACGAGCCGCCGCUGGGAAUUCAUUGAGCCCCGAGCCGGUCACGCGAUCAUCAAUGUAGGCGACAGCCUCCGCUUCCUAUCUGGUGGCAAGCUGGCUAGCGUCGUCCACCGCGUUGUGCCGCUGCACAGGACGCAGCUUGAAGAUCGCUACAGCAUGGCGUACUUCCUCCGCAUGAACGAUGGCGGCAUCUUCAAUGAUACGUCCAGCAAGAAGUGGACUGCGAAGGAGUGGCACGAUUUCAAGUUUGGCGUCUUCAAGGAUCCUAGCACGUUGGAUGCUGAGGGCCGCUUCCUUACAGGCAUGAUGAUUGAGGAGUCGGAGGGCCCGAUUUUGGUUUCGCCAUAG